GAAAUAGUCCUGGUUCACUUUACAGACUCCAUUUUAACAGGAGGAAGAAGCUAUCUACUUUCUACUAAACUCAGUUUGAAAACCUUAAGCUUGGUUAUGUUUGAGGUUAUUUUCCCAGGGGACGUAUCGCUACAAAAUGGCGUCAUAGUAAACAGGACAUAUCGCUACAAAAUGGCGUCAUAGUAAACAGUACGCUUGGUCUGAGAGAUGAUGAAUGAUGCCAGAUUAGAUGAUCAACAGUGAGGGUUUUACGAUACCAGCCCUCCCGUAAGGAUGGAGGAAACAGCAGCCAAAACGAGUCUUUCAGAAGGAGGGAAGGUGAAGGAAUCCUCUUCAAGGAGCCUCAUCCAUCAGGAGAGACCCCCAUCACCUGUGCCCACUUGUGUGUCCAUGAAGAGUGACCAGUCAGUGGAGCGCAUGAUCGACUUCCAGAAUGCAGAUUACACUGAUGCAUCAAGAGGCCAGAUGCAGGAAUGGGACCCAGAUGCUGUCAGUGACCCGUUUACCAAGUCUCAACAGGAGGACCUGAAACACAUAUUCCAGGUGUUAGAGAAGAAGAUCAUCACCUUUGUGAAGAAUGAGCUGAAGAGAUUCAAGAAGAUGCUGAGUCCAGAUUACCAAGAGAACUUUGAGAAAAAAGAGGAUGAUGAGAGUGAUGUCAGAGAAGGGGCUCUGAAGAUGGCACUGCACUUCCUUAAGAAUAUGAAGCUGAAAGAUCUUGCUGACAAACUGCAACAAAAUGAGCUGGAUGUAGUUUUUCAGACUGAGCUGAAAAGAAAUCUCAAGAACAAGUACCAGAGUGUUUUUGAAGGAAUACCCAAGCAAGGAAGCUCUGCUCUUCUAGAAAAGAUCUACACAGAGGUCUACAUCACAGAGGGAGGAAGUGGAAAAGUAAAUGAAGAGCAUGAAGUCAGACAGAUUGAGUCAAGAUCCAAGAGACCAGCUGGACAGGAGACAUCAAUCAGAUGCAGUGACAUCUUUAAACCCUUACCUGGCCAAGACAAACCAAUCAGAAGUAUUGUCACAAAAGGAGUUGCUGGCAUUGGUAAAACUGUCUCAGUUCAGAAGUUCAUCCUUGACUGGGCAGAGGGAAAAGAAAACCAGGAUAUCCACUUCAUAUUUCCACUGCUUUUUCGAGAGCUGAACCUCAUGAGAGAAAAACAGCUCUCUUUGAUGGAUCUCCUCCACCACUUCUUCACAGAAAUAAAGCAGUUAACCUCUCUCAGCCAAGGGAAGUACAAAGCGUUGUUCAUCUGCGAUGGUCUGGAUGAAUGUCGACUCCAACUAGACUUUCAGAAAAAUCAAAGUUUGACUGAUGUGACAGAGGUCACCUCAUUGGAUGUACUCCUGACAAAUGUCAUCAAGGGUAAUCUGCUCCAUUCUGCUUUACUUUGGAUUACCUCUCGACCAGCCGCAGCCAAUCAAAUCCCGCCUGAUUGUGUUGACCGGGUCACAGAGGUACAAGGGUUCAAUGACCCACAGAAGGAGGAGUACUUCAGGAAGAGGAUCAGUGAUCAGAAUCUUGCCAGCGAAGUCAUCUCGCACAUCAAAUUAUCAAGGAGCCUCCACAUUAUGUGCCACAUACCAGUGUUCUGCUGGAUUGCUGCUACUGUUCUUGGGGUAAUUCUUGGCUCUUCAGGAGGUGGACAGAUUCCAAAGACUUUGACAGAGAUGUAUACCUAUUUCCUUAUUUUUCAAACCAAACAGAGCAACCUAAAGUUUGAAAAUGUGCAGAACCUUGAUCCACAGUGGAACCAAGAAGUUAUCCUUGGUCUUGGACAGUUGGCAUAUGAACAGUUAGAGAAGGGUAAUCUGAUUUUCUAUGAAGAAGACCUAAAAGAGUCUGGAAUUGAUGUCAGAGAGGCAGCAGUGUGCUCUGGCAUCUGCUCCCAGAUCUUUCGAGAAGAAUCAGGGCUUUAUAAAGAUAAGGUGUUCUGCUUUGUGCAUUUAAGUGUCCAGGAGUAUCUUGCAGCCUUGUAUGUGUUUUUGGUGAUGGCAGUUAAAGGGAAAGACAUAAUAUCCACACACCAAACUCCUGGAACAUUGAUUCAGCAGAAAUGGACAAGGAGUGUAAUAAGGACAUCCAAACACCAAGGUCAUGAAGUGGCAGGGAGUUUGUCUCCUUCAAUGAAGAAAUCCAUGAUCAUCUUACAGAAGAGUGCUGUGGACAAAGCUUUGAAGCAUGAAGAUGGACGCUUUGACCUAUUCCUCCGUUUCCUUCUUGGCCUCUCUCUGGAGUCUAACCAGACUCUCCUGCAUGGCCUACUACAGAGAGGACGAAAUCAGAUGGGCAAUGAAGAAACAAUCAGUUACAUUAAGGAAAAGAUCAGGGAGGUUCCUUCAUCAGAAAGGGUGAUCAACCUCUUCCACUGUCUGAAUGAACUCAAUGAUCACUCCUUAGUGGAAGAGGUCCAAAGGCUGCUGAUUGCUGGGACACUUUCUGGAGCUGAACUUUCACCUGCCCAGUGGUCAGCUCUAGUGUUUGUGCUGCUGACAUCAGAACAGAAGCUGGAUGUGUUUGACUUGAAGAAGUACACCAGGUCUGAUGAAGGUCUCCUAAGGCUGCAGCCAGUACUGGAUAAAUCUCAAAAGGCUCAGCUCAAUAGCUGUGGGCUCACUGAAAGGAGCUGUACAGCACUGGCAUGUAUCCUCAGCAAACCAUCUUCAAAACUGAAAAAUGUGGAUCUCAGUGACAACAGUAUUGGAGAUAUUGGGGUCCAAAAACUCUGUAGUGGACUGGAGAACCCAAACUGUGAACUGGAGACACUCAAGUAAGACAUUUUGAUUCUUCAGUAUUCCUUAAUAAUGAGUUUUAAGAGACAUUUUGUACAUUUUAAUACACUUUUUCAAAUUUUCAUGUAAAGUUUCAGCACACAUAGACUUGAAGAUCCUCCCUUUCAAUGAUAAAAGCUCACUGAAUGAACUGGAGAAGUUGUCUCAGUUUAUGAAACUAAUAUUAAGUACAUUUUGGGACAAACGCUCAGAUGGAAAUAAAAUGUCAAGAGUAUCAUAUAUAAAGUAUAUUUAUAUUAAGUCAUUGUCUACUGUGGUAAGUGUUAUUAUAAAUGGAAGUGCUAACAGUA